AGAGCAGGGGGGGCUCCCCAGGGCCGACUCAACGUUUCAUCCCCCAGGAGGAAAACAGACAGACGAACUUCAGGUCAACAUGAUGGUUCUGAAAGUAGAAGAGCUGGUUACAGGGAAGAAGAAUGGCAGUGGGGACGCUGGGGACUUCCUUCCUGAGGAUUUCAGAGAUGGAGAGUAUGAAGCUGCUGUCACUUUAGAGAAGCAAGAGGACCUGAAAACACUUCCAGCACAUUUUGUGAGCCUGCGGGAGCAACAGUGGAAAACUGAUAAAGAGCGAGAGGCAGAGCUCAAGAAGAAAAAACUAGAACAAAGAUCAAAGCUUGAAAAUUUAGAAGACCUUGAAAUAAUCAUUCAACUGAAGAAAAGGAAAAAAUACAGGAAAACUAAAGUUCCAGUUGUGAAGGAACCUGAACCCGAAAUCAUCACAGAACCUGUGGAUGUGCCUAGUUUUCUGAAGGCUGCCCUGGAGAAUAAACUGCCAGUAGUAGAAAAAUUCUUGUCAGACAAGAACAAUCCAGAUGUCUGUGAUGAGUAUAAACGGACAGCUCUUCAUAGAGCAUGCUUAGAAGGACAUUUGGCAAUUGUGGAGAAGUUAAUAGAAGCUGGAGCCCAGACUGAAUUCCGUGAUAUGCUUGAAUCCACAGCUAUCCACUGGGCAAGCCGCGGAGGAAACCUGGAUGUCUUAAAACUGUUGCUGAACAAAGGAGCAAAAAUCAGUGCGCGGGAUAAGUUGCUCAGCACGGCCCUGCACGUGGCGGUGAGGACCGGCCACUACGAGUGCGCAGAGCAUCUCAUUGCCUGCGAGGCGGAACGCAACGCCAAAGACCGAGAAGGAGAUACCCCCCUGCAUGAUGCCGUGAGGCUGAACCGGUACAAGAUGAUCAGACUCCUGAUCAUGUAUGGCGCCGACCUCAACAUCAAGAACUGUGCUGGGAAGACUCCGACAGAUCUGGUGCUACAGUGGCAGAAUGGAACCAAAGCAAUAUUUGACAACCUCAAAGAGAACUCCUACAAAUCCUCUCGCAUAGAGACAUUCUGAGAAAAACGACGACAGAAGCUUCCAUUGGCUUCUCUUCACUGCCCCAAAGAGCGACUCAUCAUGAAAACUAGCUUCUCUUUAUCAACCUGUUGUAAAGCGGCACCUAAUUAUGUUUUGAGAAAGCACAGGGACGUAGGUAUUGACAUUUCCCUUAGUGAAACCCACUGUAUUUAUUUGUAUUUAUUACUGUUUAUUUAUUUAUUUACUGCGAUACCACCGAUAUUCAGAUCCUUCGUGAUCACCCAUUUGGUGAACAAGCUUAGUUUGUAUGUGAUGCGUCAGAGCCUUCCCAUAGGUAGUUCUUAAACCGUGUUAACCAGAAGUGCUGUCAGUGCCAACUUACGUGUCACCUCGCUCAUGGAAGAUGUUUCAAGGUGUUUUUGAAAGACAAAGGGGAUUAUUGCGGCCCUCUUUUCUCCUGAAUUUUUCAUGCUGAAGUGUGAGGCCGUGGAAAGCCUGUAGCGACAGGAAAGGAAACAGAAUGAAAGUGAUUCUGUGAGGACAGUAAAGCCGGCCAUUCGACGCCUGGGCCUGGUAAUUCUUACUAGGUCACACGCUGUACGUACCAAGGUAAAGAGAAUGUCUUGAGUGUAAGUGGAAGGAGCGGGCCACUGGGCCGUGCAGAACUGAAUGAGUUCAAAAAAGAUGAAAGUAACUGCGAAUUGUAAAUGUGUAAAUGUAUAUUAUGCUGUAUGUAUAUUUUAUGUUCAUAAUAAAAGCAAAUCCUAA